AUGUCACCCCUGGACGGCUACAGCUUUGCAGAAUGGCCAAACCUUUCGGGAGACCGCUCUCCUGCAAAAAAUACAUACACUACCUCUCAACCCGUCUCACACUCAGAGGAUGGAAUCUCCAAGAAUGAAACUACCAAUACUUCAGUAAUUCUCCUCGCGAUUGCCCGUGUCAUCGGCGUGUAUUGUGGCAUUUCCGAUGUCCUUAUUGCCGUGAAGAUGGGCCACCAUGGAAAUAUCAGCCUUGUUAGAAUAAUGUGGAAUGAAGACGAUACAUGGGCGGCUGCAAAAGUCAAAGUUGAUCAUGCUGUACAUAAUGGAUUGAACGAGCCGUUAUCGUUAAGUAACGCUCGGAGGCACCUUUCGUUGGACGAUAAUCAGUGCCCUUAUGUCGUGCUAUGCACAUUUGACCAAUCCUUCAGAACACCAGAUGUCCAGGACACCCCUAUAUUUUCUUACACUAGCCAAGACUCUAUCAUACACCUAUCGGCCUCCAAUGCGACCAUGCACCCGACAGUAGCAACUCAAGUCCUUUUGCAGGUCGUCGGUUUCAUUCGACAAGGUUCAGAAUCUCCGUUAUUAUCUUUAGCUUCGACACCGUCAUUCACUUCCGAUUUAAUGUCCAUUUUCGAACGAGGCUCGGUUGAAGAUGUUACCCUAUCGUACUCCCACAUCUCCGCUGUCUCUUUCGCACCGGAUUUUCUUGCGCAAAGGGCCAUAGACAUGCCUUUGGCGAUAGCCGUAUGUUGGUACCCGGAGCUCUCUCUAGACUCCUCGGAAUUUGCGUAUGAAAACAUGUCGUAUAUCGAGUUUCAUAGAAAGUCAAAUCAGGUGGCUCGGUGGUUAUUACGUUUAGGCCUUCAACCAGAAGAUCGCAUCGCGGUAUGUUUGGAUAGAAACCUUCACUUCCAUACGUCCAUGAUGGGCAUCAUGAGAGCAGGUGGAUGCUACGUUCCGAUUGAUCCAGAACUCCCUCUUGAGCGUAAACUCUAUAUCGCAAAAGAUGCCAAUGCUACCUUUGUUUUGACUUCAUCUGAAAUCGCAUCUCCUGACGUUUUCGGCACUCGUACUAUCUAUAUAGAAGACGACGUAUCUCAAUCUCAAAUUCUGCAAGAAAGCGAUGAAGAUCUGAAUUGCAUGAAAUCAGAUGGCCUUGCAUACCUUCUAUACACUUCAGGAACCACUGGGAAUCCUAAGGGCUGUUUGCUCACCCAUCAUGGUCUAGCGCAGGCUAUAUUAGCCCUUAGUAGCACUGCUGCUGACGUUCGUAUGAAAAACAUACAUAAUGGACGUUAUCUUGCCGUUGCCUCGAUUGCCUUUGAUGUUCAUCUAGGAGAAACUAUUGUUCCCCUGGCAUUGGGUAUGCCUCUGUUGAGUGCUCGCCGGACUCAGCUUCUCGAAAAUUUGCCUUGUUAUGUUAAAAAACUUGGCAUCACUCACCUGGGCAUCGUUCCCAGCUUAAUCGAGGCGACAUUGAAUGCUUCACAAAGUGGGACUGAUGGAUCAGAAACUGUCUUGAGGUACAUUGCCAGUGGUGGAGAGAAAAUGAGCGAUUCGAUCCUCGAUAAAUGGGCAGACCAUCCCUAUGUCCGCCUCGCCAACUUUUAUGGUCCGAGCGAAGUCACUAUUGGAUGUUGUGCUCGAUAUAUGACUUCAAGAACACCGAAGGCCAACAUUGGACGACCAUUUGCUAAUGUAUCAGGUUAUGUUGUCGAUCCUAAUAUGAACAUCCUUCUCAGAGGCGGCGUUGGGGAACUUGUUGUUGAGGGCCCAUUGGUCGGACGCGGAUACCAUGGCAGACCAGAUAUCACUGGUAAAGUUUUUCUUGAAUGGCCACGGAAGGGGUGUUGGGCCUAUAGAACCGGUGAUUUAGUCCGGAUGAUGCCCGACAGCACAAUUGAAAUUCUUGGAAGGAUUGACACACAGAUCAAAUUACGAGGUGUUCGCAUUGAAUCCGAAGGAAUCUCCGCCAUCGUUCGCAAAGCUAUUCUUCCCACAGACACAAUAGCCCUCGAUGCUACAACAGUCCUCGCCAAGCAUCCUGCCAUCAACGUGGACCAGCUGGUCUCAUUCUUCACAUGGGAUAACACCGUAACAAUCUCGACUCGUAAAUCCCAAAAGCCGAGCCUCUGUGACCCUCCUCCAGAUUUCAUCAAGAAAAUAAAAGCCAAGUGCGAAAUUGAGCUCCCUAGCUAUAUGCGCCCUAGUCAUUUCAUUCCUCUUAAUUGGCUUCCUCUGAGCUCCAAUGGCAAAACCGAUGCAAAAGUACUCAUAGAACUCUUCAAAAAACUUGGUGUUGAAGAAAUUGCCAGACUUUCUGCCAUACAAGAAGUCCAAGAAGCGCGCUCAUGCACGGAUAUGGAGAUCAAGGUAUUCGAAGUUCUCCAGAACCAUGUCGCCAUGAAAUUCGACAACCCUCACCCUGGCAUCAAUAUUUUCGAAAGUGGCUUAGAUUCCAUGGGCGUAAUUCGAUUCACAAGCGAGCUAAUGGACGUUUUCAAAGUAAAGGUAGCCGCUGCAAAUGUUAUGAAGGCACCUUCUAUCAGAGACAUAGCAUCAUACAUUACUACUGCCGUCGAUGCUGACAGACCACGACGCGACAUAAUAUUUAACAUCCCUGCUAUCGAUGAAAUCUACUCGACUUAUAUCGCAGAAAGCAUUGAAAAUGUCUUGCCUCCUUUUACUAUCCAAGAAGGCGUGCUCUCAAGAUCGGCUGACCAGAAUACCCUAUACGUUCAGCACGUUAUCAUUUCUUGCAAACCUGCUGUCUCCAUACCUCUGCUUCAACGUGCAUGGAAAACCGUCGUAGAUCGAAAUCAAAUUCUUCGGACCAUAUUCCACUUUGGCCGGACCUUGAGCCAAGUCGUUCUUAAUCCACAGUCUUGCAGCUUGAACUGGUCGCAGAAAGAACUUUUUAUGCUCGCUCAAAAUACAAGUUUUUCUCAGUAUUUCAUGGCGCAGGAAGCCUCAUUAAUAGCAAAGCAAGUCAACGAAACGAUAUCUACAGUCUCUCCGUAUCGGCUUUCUGCAUACCAGGCAAACGACAGAAUUUAUCUCGUUUUAUCAAUUCAUCAUGCACUAUUUGAUGGUAUAUCACUUCCUAUGCUUUUUGAACAGGUGGAAAGAUCGUAUUUGGGUCUUGAAUUGUCGCCUACAGCUACGAUAUCGGAUCUUCUGCAGCAAAUAACUGCAGUAGACUAUGACAUGGCCCGGGCAUUCUGGAAAAACUAUUUCACUGAUUAUGUUUGGCCCCUGAGUAUGUUGUAUCCGAAAGGUGUCUACACCACUCAGCAGCUCACCUUGCCAUUGAAAUCGCCGCUAUCAUUGAUCAAGAAACUCGCCGCAUCGCAGCGUGUCACCAUGCAGGCUCUUUUUACUUGUGCUUUUGGACAUCUUCUCGCUCGCAAAGUGUAUAAACAGAAGGAUGUCGUCUUCGGAGUACUACGAUCUGGCCGCUUGCUGCCGGUUGACUAUAUUGAGAAGACAGUCUGUCCCUUGGUUUCUAUCCUCCCAGUCAGAGUGGACUUUGGCGGGAAACAUAUGUUACUGCAGGCAAUUCAAGAUGACAUCAGUUCGACGAUCGAAUACGAACACAUACCACUGGGAAAGAUACAGGGAUGGAUUCGCCCAAAUGUUGCCCUUUUUGAGGCGUUGUUUUCCGUAUCUGUCAAUGAGUCACCACAAAGUGAGCUCUGGGAUGUGAUUGAAAGCGAGCCACCUGAAGCCGAUUAUCCCCUUGCUGUGGAGAUUGUGAUCGAACCAUCUACAGAUUCUGUUACACUAAAGGCUCGUUGGAUGGAUGAAGGUCUCCCUGACUCUCCCAACACCUGGCUGUGCGAUUUCGAGAAUGUCGUUAAGUCGUUGGCAGAUAAUCCAUCUCCCUACCUUUUUCACUCGCUCCAGCACCUUCCGCGGUCCUCUCAGAAUCCAAGGAAUGAACAGGAAAAUGAAUGUCCGACAAUCGAUCACUCCUGCCUUGAUGCUGCGUUGAUACGUGGUCUUCGUACAAUUAUAUCUGAUUUCAUGGGUUUCAAUCCACUCAUUCUAACGCCCACGAUAUCUCUAAUUUCAAUGGGCUUGGAUUCUAUCAAGUCUGUUGGCCUGGCAAAAUUCUUGACGAAGCACGGUUUUCCUAUGACCUCCACAGACAUCUUACGGAACGCCACUCUAAAUGAAUUGGCCAGUUGCAUCGAAAAUAAACGAGUACUCAAAGAUGACCUCCCCGCUAUUACUAUGCCCGAUAUAAGCCAAACGGUUCUCUCCGAAGCCAAUUUCAACGACAUAAAGCUGAGCAAGGAAGACGUUGAAUUUUUCCCCACCACUGCUCUUCAAGCCGGAAUGCUGUCGCAAACAGUGAAUUCAAAUGGCCAAUUAUAUAUUCAUUCUUUCCCAUUACGCAUUACUGGUCCAGUAGAUGCUAAGAAAAUGCGCAACGCAUGGGAAAAGGCCGUCGAGACCUUCGCAAUUUUACGAACUUCCUUCCACUUUUCAACUGAAUCCGGCGUGUGGAUACAAGCGGUUCAUUCAUCGUCUCUUCUUGACUGGGAAACAAUAUCUGUGGCAUCGACUCAAGACUAUCAACGCGAACUAAAAUCAUUCUUGUCCUCCAUAGACCUUGGAGACGAGACUUGUUUCACUCGACCUCCAUUCUGGGUUCGAUUUUUCGAAAUCAAGAGCUCUGCAAGCCAGCCUCUCUCGUUUUUGGUGCUAGUAUUACACCACUCUUUGUACGACGGAAUCUCCAUAGGAAAGCUAGUGCAGGCUGUGGAGCAUCUAUAUUCCAAUAUUUCGAUUCCACCCGUCGUUCAGUUCCACGAACUUUUACCUCAAUUCCUUCAUCACGAACAAGAGGGGACAUCAUUCUGGGUUGAUAGAGUUCGACUAUAUAAACCGAAACCCUUGCGUCAACUGCAUCCUUCGUCAUCUGCAAAUACAUCUGCAACUGUAGAAAAGAUCAUAGAGUUAGACUCUUCUCGGGUCACUGAAGUUCUAAGACAGGCAUGCGUAACUAUACAAUGUCUCUGCCAGGCAGCGUGGGCUAAAGUGUUAAGUAAAUAUACCAAGUCUUCUGAUAUUGUCUUCGGGCACACUAUCUCGGGUAGGAGCAUUCCUGGAGCAGAGGAUGUCAUUGGGCCAGUCUUGAACACUAUCCCAUGUUGCAUUCGAAUCGAAGGGAAAGCUCGAAAUAUUGAACUACUAAAAUCGAUACACCAAUCAAACCUCGAUGCUCUCCAAUGGCAGCAAGCCUCUGCUCGAGCCAUUCAGAAAGUACUAGGAGUUGAGAAUCUUUGGGAUUCUCUCUUUUUGUUCCAACAAGCCGCCAGCUACUCUGGCAGUAAUUCGAAGAUUUCCUGGGCGUUCGACGAAGAGAUAAUUGUCGAUGAAGCCAAAUACCCUCUUAAUGUGGAGAUCAUCCGCAGGGAUUCUGAUAUUAUUAUCAGAUGCGCAUCACAUCCUUCGUUUAUCAAUCAAACGAAUAUUAAUUUAUUGGUGGACGAUUUCCGAACAUUCCUCUUAGAUAUCUUGAACAAUCUUCAUGCAUCCGCAUUGGAGGGUAUCAUCCUUACAGAAGACGCAUCCUCUAACCAGAUCAAAUCAAAGGAUGGCUUCGAUAAACAAAAUUUUGACCAGGAUUGUGGCCCUGACUCCAUGCCCUCGUCUACACCGCCAAUUGCAUUCGCAUAUAAACCCAUUCUUAUGGGUAUAACCAAUGCCCCGUCGUCCUUGAUACAGCCAGAAACACCUCUUUCUACUCUCGGAGUCGAUUCUAUCAUGGCCAUUCAGAUAGUGGGAAAGUUCAGGCAGAAUGGGAUGAAGAUCGUUGCCAGUGAUGUGAUCGCCAGUAAAACGAUUGGUGAAAUGCUUGCCAAAGCAUCUCCGCUGAAACCCACCUCAGUUGACGCAAAAACGUUUGUCAAUAUGGCUAUCUCUGAUAAAGAAAGGGCUGUUAUUCUUUCUCAAAUCGGAGACCUGUCGCAGAAUAUCGAAAACAUCACCGUCGUGUCCUCAGGAAUGAAAUGGCUCAUCGGAGCUUGGCAGAAAAGCCUAAGAACGAGAUACCAGCAUGUUUUUCCCUUCCAACUCCCGAAAAAUCUGGAUAUAGCCAAAAUGAGAGAAUCUUGGUCCUCUCUCCUUCAGCGGCAUCCGAUAUUAAGGUCAACGUUCACAUUCGCCAAAGGAUACCAAGAACCUCGUUUGGUGACGUUUAAAUCUUUUGGUGGAUCAUGGUCUGAAGAAUAUGUCCCCGAUGAGGUAUUCUUCCGGUCUAUCAUAUCCAGGAUGAAAGAUAUGGUAUCAAAUCCACCAUCUCUGGCAUUACCACCAUCCCGUGCCCUUCUUUUCCAUUCCACUCAACAUUAUUACCUCAUUCUACAUCUGCACCAUUUCCAAUACGAUGCAUGGAGUCUACAAUUGUUACUUCAUGAUUUGUCACGUUUGUAUCGCGAUUUAGAGCCAACAACUUCAAGUAAUCUGCAAGGAUUUUUGGAAUUUUAUUCCAUUAAAGCAGAUCAAUCAAAAGAACAGCGGAAAUAUUGGAGAAGCCAUUUCCCAUCCCAAUUCCAACCGACACUUUUCCCCGCUCUCAAUCCCAAAGCCAGACAAUGCUACUCUAAAGAAAGGCUCAUCAGAACUAACCAGGAGUGUAUAACGAACGUUAAGAAAUGCGAAGAACGUGCACGUAUCUUAGGUCUUUCUUUACAGUCUGUCUUCCUAGCUUGCUGGGCAUCCAUGCAAGCAAGUAUAUCUUCGUCUUCGUCAUCGACCUUCGGCGUGUGGCACUCCGGAAGAACUGGUACUCUCGACGACAUUGCCAACCUUGCCGUUCCCUGUAUGAAUGUAUUACCCCUUCAUGUCCCACAUGUCGACCAAAGCAGCGUCCUACAAAUUGCGAGAUGGAUAUCGUCGCAUCUCCCUACACGAACAUCAGUCAUCGAACAAAGUGACUUAGUCCAUUUGAAUGAAUUGGUUGGGCUUAAGAACAAGCCCAUCUGUAAUGUUUUCGUCAACAUCGUUAAAGUGGCCCCAGACACCGAUGCUCAAGAUCCUAUCAUCGAACCAGUCUAUGCACCUUACUUUGUACCAGAAACAGUUACUAUGGAAGACGACAUCUAUGGUAUUGAAUGGGACAUUACCAAACUCAUGAACGAUGAUAUCAUGGUUGAUAUUUCCACCUUGACGCGCAUGGACUCUGUCAUGAUGUCGAUAGAUGCUGCACCUCACAUGAUGGAUGCUACACAGGCGGAUGCUUUGAUGCGCCGCUGGGCAAAUAGUGUAGAAGGGUGUCUUGGUAUUUUGUAA